CUCAACCAACAUCCCCCCUCUCUCUAGAAGCGUCUCCACUCGAUAUUUACCUUUCAAGGACAAAGUUGCCCCUUUCGCCGAAAUUUUGUGGCCAGAGAUAUCCUUUCACUUUCCCUUGGAAAUUUGCGCCUCUAACGUCCCGACAUCCCCCUCAUAUUCCAACACUGACGCAGUCCCCCUCUCCACACGUGACCUGUCACCAUGCCCGACGAAGAGCCGUCCCUGAAUAUCCCCUCCCUUCUUACGCUUGCCGUUGUCUCUUUCUUCGUGAUUCGAUGGUUCUUCAACCGUGACGGCGACGCUGGUGCCGGGGCUGGUCGCAGCCGCGCGCGAGGAAAUGGCGUCGAUCCAGCGCAGGUCGAGCAGAUCUCGCAGAUGUUCCCUCAACUCAGUCAUCGCGAGAUCAUGUGGGAUUUGCAGCGCAACGGAGGAAACAUGGCCGCGACUACGGAAAGAAUCCUGACGGGUCGUGGACUAGAAGUGCCUCCUCCUUCUUUCCAACCGCAGGUCGCUAUCCCUACACCCACCGCACCGGUACAGCCUGUCACUGCUACACCCAAGGCAGACGGCCAGGACCUGAUCUCUCGGUACAACCUUCGCUCGAAAGUCGGCGCGGAGGAGGAUGCUGCGACCUCGCAGGCUCAGCCAUCCACGGGCUGGUCGCAGAGCAAGGAGGAGCGACAGCGCCUGCUCCAGAAACGCAGGGACGAUAUGAUUUUGGCGGCGAGGAGGAAGAUGAUGCAGAAGGACCAAGGGGUGGCUCAAUAAUAUGCACCCCUUUCCUAUUCUGACAUGGUUUCGCGCGUUGACGCUCCCUACUCUUCACUUGCCUUUUGUUGUCACUUAGCACGGUCUGCAUAAUUGUCAUUGUGGGCUUCCUUCUCCUCAGGUUUCUUCGACCAAUUUGGACUGCUCUUUUCCUCGCUGCGGCCUGAGUCUUAUUUACCAGCACCUAUUGUUAGUUCUAUAUACCUUUUUUUUCUCCUUGGCGUUGAGGAAGGCUCAAGGAUUGAUUCAGCAAUGAAGUACUUUUCGGCUAGGCUCGGCUCAGAGCGUCAGCCUCAAGUUGACGAUGGUGCCUUCACUAGUCUCCUGUCUUUUAUGGACAGCUUCGCGCGCACAAGGCGCGGCUUGUUUUUAUGGAGCAUGUUUCUCAGUUGGAACGAUUGGAACAGAUUGAUCAUGCGUGGAUCUUGUCUGAUCCUGCAUUUCAUGCGAUAUAGUAAAUCUGUUAUC